AUGGCAUCCAUCAUUCUGCGCAACCGGCACGCUCCGACGUCACAUCUGCCUCACUGGAAGAGAAGCUGGACGAGCAUGCCGUCCAUCUUUGGCCCGCCGACCAUCGCCCGCUCCAAGCCGCAUCCACCUGCCAGCAGCCCGGAUAGUCACUGGAACACCUCCAUCACCUGCUCCGGCUCCUCCAACGUCACCUACGCCGCACCAGACUGA